AAGAAUUGUUUAAUAAAAGAAAAAGAUGUACACAAUUUGUUAGAAUGUGCUCUGCUAUGUCUGACACUACAACACAAAUGCAAAUCCAUCAAUUACCAGGAAAAGAAAACUGAGUCAAAUUGCCAACUGAACAACCAGACAAGAACAACCAAACCCGGUGAACUGGCGCAAGCUCUUGAUUUCAACUACUAUGAACCAAUUCCUGUUGUUGAAAGCGCUAUCAAUGGAAAUCUAAUGUACGAAAAUAUCAUAUUUAAAGGUUUAUUCAUCAUCAAAAGCGUGAAAACAAAAAGAUUGUUGUUUUCAAGAGGCACUAUCCUGAAAGAGGAACGCGGAUCUGAAGGUGGCGCCAAAAAUGAAAACGAAAUUCUUGGCAGUGCUAAUAACUUUUACAAUCAAGCGUUCUGGAAAAUAUCGAAAGAUGACCAAGGAAGAUACUUAUUUGAAAACUAUCGAACAAAGCGAUAUCUUUUCUCAAUGGGAGAUGAAAUACCAGGUGAUCGUGGGUGUGAAGGAGGGAUAACAGAUGCUCCACUUUGCCUCGGUUCUGAUGAUAAUUACGAUAACCGCGCUCUUUGGAGGAUAAUCAACAAAAAUGGAAAAUAUCUUAUCGAGAGUGUGGUCAAUUUGAGAUAUGUUUUGUCUGAAGGUGAGCCACCUACUCAUCCUGAAGGCGGUUGGAUAGGUGCACCAAGAUGUGUUAUGGCUGAUGCGAACUAUGAAGAUCGUGCUUUAUGGGAAAUUAUAAAAAACUGAAACACAAUUUAGAUCGAGUGUCAGUAUUUGUGAUUUACUUGUCUACUGUUGAAAAUGUACUGGAAACCAGGCCGAAUUGAACCCUUUACUUUAUUAAUUUGCUGUAAUAUAAUAUGUGUAUGAGGAAUAAUGAGGGAAAUUAAACCUUGUAAAUAACACUGCGUGUCAGAAUUAUGCAAAGCGUGUUGUAAAUCCGGUAGUUUUAAAUAAAGAAUAAUGUAAAGUUUUACGUUAUAUG